UCAAAUCAAAACUUUUUCCUCGUGAGGUAGGAUAAACAUCAACGCACCAAGUCGGAUUUUAAAAGUCGGACGGACUACAAGAAGCACACGGAGUCGGAUGGAAAUACAGAGCAUUCAAAUCUUCAUCUGUAAUAUGUUUCUAAAAGCUCUUCAGUUGGAGCUGUCGACGUUCUGCUCGCUGUGGCGUUGUUGCCAUUCAGGCUUGGCGAGCGACCCAGCAGGACUCUGAGAGGGAAACACUUCGAAGUCAGGCUUUGGAGUGGAUGUGCUGUCUUCAGUUCGGUUGAAAUAUCAUCGAGCUAACAUUAGCUGAGUAAUUCAGAAGGUUUGCUGUGUUAUUUGUCGUGUCGUUAAAUUAGCAUUAGCUUACGUCAACUUGCUCUCAACGCCAGACGGAGACAGUAGAACAGAGCGGGGAUCAGGACUGCGUGCUUGGCUAGAUAUUAUUUUCAAAGUUCCCUACAGCUAAGCUGUGGUUCUACGAAAAGAUCCAUCAGUCCGAAAAGGAGAAAGGAAAGCUUUUAAAUUAGCCUGAAGUCUCGGUUUGACUAAUGUCGGAUCAGAGUUCGUCUCCUUCAAGUUCUGAUGAAGAUGUGGAUCCUGAAUCAGAGCAAACGGAUGACCUCGGUGGGACCCUCAGUAAGUGGACCAACUACAUCCACGGGUGGCAGGACCGCUGGGUAGUGCUGAAGAACAACACCUUGAGCUACUAUAAGUCAGAAGACGAGAGGGAGUAUGGCUGCAGGGGCUCUCUCUGUCUCAGCAAGGCAGUCAUCACACCUCAUGAGUUUGACGAAUGCCGCUUCGAUGUCAGUGUAAAUGACAGUGUCUGGUAUCUAAGGGCUGAAGAUCCUGACCACCGGCAGCAGUGGAUUGAUACCAUCGAGCUUCACAAGGCUGAGUCAGGCUACGGUUCUGAAAGCAGUCUGAGACACCAUGGCUCUAUGCUGUCCCUCACCUCUGCAACCAGUGGCCUCUCAACCACCUCCACAUCAUCCUUCAGGAAAGGCCACAGUCUGCGAGAGAAGCUGGCAGAGAUGGAGACUUUCCGGGACAUUCUGUGCAGACAGGUGGACACUCUGCAGAGGUACUUUGACAACUGUGCAAGUGGAGACUACAGAGAUGAGUACCACAGGGACAAAGUAGUUGAGGAUGAUGAGGACGAUUUUCCCAGCUCACGACCAGAUGGAGACUACCUGCUCAAUAACAACAGUAGCAAAGACAAGCUAUUCCCAGUCACCAGUCCCAGAGCACCCACUGGGAUUGAUUUCAAAGGUGAAGCCAUUACUUUUAAAGCCACUACUGCAGGGAUCUUGUCCACGCUGUCCCACUGUAUUGAGAUCAUGGUCAAACGGGAGGAGAGCUGGCAAAAGCGUCUGGAUAAAGAAAUGGAGCGGAGAAGGAGAGUAGAAGAAGCCUACAAGUCAGCUUUAACAGAGCUGAAGAAAAAGUCUCACUAUGGAGGACCAGAUUAUGAAGAAGGACCCAAUAGUCUAAUCAAUGAAGAUGAAUUCUUCGAUGCUGUGGAAGCAGCUCUGGACAAACAGGACAAGAUUGAGGAGCAGUCGGAGAAAUGCAGGACCCCUCGACCAAUUACACUCAGCCCGGAUGCCUACUGCUCCAUCAGUGCUCAGAGAUACCUCACUAAGCCUCAUAGCCAUGCUUCCUCCUUGUCCUCUCUCGACCUAGUCAGUGCCUCAGAUGAUGUGCACAGAUUCAGUGCUCAGGUGGAGGAGAUGGUGCACAGCCACAUGACCUAUUCCUUACAGGACGUGGGUGGAGAUGCUAACUGGCAGCUUAUCACCGAGGAGGGAGAGAUGAAGGUGUACAGGAGAGAGGUGGAGGAGAAUGGUGUUGUCCUGGACCCUCUCAAAGCCACUCAUGCUGUUAAGGGGGUCACAGGUCACGAGGUCUGUCAUUACUUUUGGGACACAGCCUAUCGUAAUGACUGGGAAACAACUGUUGAGCACUUUAAUAUAGUAGAGACAUUAUCAGACAAGGCAGUAAUUAUUUACCAGACUCUUAAGAGGGUGUGGCCAGCGUCACAAAGGGACAUCCUUUAUCUGUCAGUCAUCCGCAAAAUCCUCUCCACCAAUGAGAAUGAGCCAGAUACAUGGCUAGUCUGCAACUUUUCUGUAGACCAUGACAGUUACCUGCCCACAAGCAGAUGUAUCCGUGCAAAAAUCAAUGUGGCCAUGAUCUGUCAGACGCUAGUCAGCCCACCAGAGGGCAAUAAAGAAAUCAGCAGAGACAAUAUCCUCUGUAAAAUAACAUAUGUAGCCAAUGUGAAUCCAGGUGGAUGGGCCCCAGCAUCAGUCUUGAGGGCAGUGGCCAGGCGAGAGUAUCCUAAGUUUUUGAAGCGUUUCACAUCAUAUGUUCAAGAGAAGACCAGUGACAGUGCAAUCCUUUUUUAAAACAGGGUGUCUCCACUGCGGUGUCUGCCAGUCUCCACCAGUCUCCGUUAAACACAUGUACGUGAGAGGCCUUAGCCAUACCUAAAGAGCCUAAAUCACAGUGCAGAGGUAACCUGCCCAGGAGGUCUGAAAACUACAUUACCGGAUACCUGUUCAUCAGCACUCAUAUCAAAUGCAGUGUUCUGCUCAGGCAUAUCAGAGAGAAGAUAACAGAAAGGUAAUAAGCCUGCUUACAGUGUGGAGCCUGUGACUGUUAUACCUUUUAGAGGGAGUUCUAUGGGCCCUCGAACAAAAGACCACAGGCUAUUAAUAUUGAACAGUGAUUGAGUGUACAGUUAGAAUCCUUAUUUGUGUUCUGGGUGAAUACAAUUUUUUUUUUUUCAUUGAAGUGUUUACUUAAGUUUUGUAAAUACUUUGUAUUAGUUUUAUUUGCACAUUGUUUAACUAAUUGUCCUUAUGAAAAAUAAACACUAUAAACUUGAAUGCCUUUAAUGAAAAGCCUUCUCAGUCAUAGCUGAGCUUUCUUCCUGGCCU